AUGGAGGGGUUUCAGGAUGAUCUCGAUGGGAUGGGUGUUCUGAACUCAUUCCUGAAGGAUGGCUCGGGUGAGAGCAAAAGUGGUGCAGAGAAGAGCUCGACUACGAAACCACAGGCCGAGAAUGUGGUGCCGUUUGUCAACGAUAAUUACGAUAGUAUGCUGGAAGCGCUUCCGGAUGAGCUUAACCUUGACUUCACAUCCCUGUUGUCGCCGUUUCCAGCGCCUGGCCAGGGUAAUGAUGAUGACAUAACUGUGAAUGUUAACCCAUACAUAGGACAAUCUAAUAACGACUUUUAUAAGAUAGAUGAAGUACCCGAGGAAGAUUUACAGCAAGGUUCUGAGAUAAUUAACAGCACAACACAAUUACAACCCAUUACAAUCAAUAAUUCUAAGCAACAAAACUAUAACCAGAUAAAUGUUGACUCAUCCAACCAGCAGAAUGGUGAAAUCGCACAGUUUUGGGAUUUCAAUGUGGAUACACUUAACAUAACCCCGAGUAAUUCCAGUGGCUCUGCAACUAUAAGUGCCCCAAAUAGUUAUAAUUCAGAAAUUCCCUUAGGUGUGACUACAGGAUUUAAUAACAAUAACAAUAAUCAUCUAUUUGCUCAUGGUGUACUUGGAGGAGGUUCAAGUAUAGGCAACUCUAAUAUUAUCAAUAACACAAGCCUGACUUAUUCUAACCAACAAAAUAGCUUUCCUGGUUCUAGUUUACACUCAAAGCCAACUACUGCAACGACGGUAACAUACACUAAUACCCCACCGAUCAAAGAAAAUCAAUCUAUCAUUGCAAAUUCAUCCCUCAAAGCCAGCCAAUUUACGGGGAAAAGGCCAAUAUCUGUUGUUGGGAGUAAUAAUAGUUACUCCGAGAAUCCAUAUAUACUAAGUGCAGCCAAUACUUCUAACUCAGUAAGAAAAAACUCACUGCCGAGACAGUUAUCGUCGACUUCACUGAAUAACUAUAGGAAAUCUGUCUCAUCUUCUGAACGACCUCCAGAUCCAGAUGCAGUGCAUUGUGAUAAUUGUAAGACGUACAAGACACCACUAUGGAGAAGAAGUCCCGAAGGUAAAGUUCUUUGUAACGCCUGUGGUUUGUUUCAAAAACUUCACGGUACUAUGAGGCCUCUAUCAUUAAAGACAGAUGUUAUUAGAAAACGUAAUUCAAAAAAGAGAACAAAAAUACAAAUGAAUCCACAACAAACCCAAUCCCAACAAAGGCAACACAUUCAAUACCAAACACAACAAAAUAGCAUGCAAAAACUGCUAAGCAAUCACUCCAGUCCUACGGAUACUUUUUCUUCUGGUAAGAGUAGGAGAAAGUUAUCUAGUACUAGAUUAAAUCAAGACAUGACAACUAUUAGAUAUUCCAGAGAAGGUGGUAGUUUAACGAAGCAAGGUUUCACCACAACCCCAACAUAUAAUUCACGAUCACCAAAUUAUAGUAAUUCUGCUGCGGCAAGUAAUACGAGGAAAUCUAAGUCCAGAAGAAGCAGUACAUCAUCUGUCAAUUCUAACUCAAGCAGGUCAUCUUCGAGAUCAAAUGUUCCUAUUUUGCCUAAGAUAUCAGGACACUCUAGUUCUGGCAAUUCUCCAAUGAAUAUUCAAAGCACUACCCCAGGAGGUGGUCCACAGACCUCAAAUUCUGUUGGAAACUUCUUGGCAAUGGGCGCUUAUUCAAACAGUUUGACAUCCUCUCCCAGAAAUGCUUCUAUAUAUGGUACAAAUGCACCAUCGAGAAACUUAUCAUCAUCCGCAAGCAAGUAUGGUGUAUCGAUGCCAGGUAGAAAACUUUCAAGAAAUGCUUCCUAUUCUUCUAGUUUCAUAAACACGAACCCACAACAAACUCAAGACAUAGGCAAUUUUAACGAUGACCAGAGUAUUCAAGGUAAUGGAACGGGAGUAAAUAGUCAGAACAUAAGGAGAAUUAACAGUAAUUACGAUUCUCCACAACCCAACUUUGAUCUGUUCAGGCUUGACAGCAACAAAGAUUCUCCUGAGAAUAUUCCUGAUGUUCUAAGAUCAGAUUCUAGACUCUCUCAAAAAUCACAGGUUUCUCAUACUUCAUUAUUAUCUCAACAGAUACAGAAUCAACAAAGAAUGAGAGGUGAAAAAUCAAUUUCUCAGGAAAACUUACAAUUUAAACAAACUCCAACCAUGCAGGGACAAACGGAAAGAAAUAUUCCUAGUAGGACAACCAGCAGUGCUAGUUACUCCGAAUCAGUAUUUCAACAGAGAGGAAUGCAACCAAAUAACAGCAAUUCACAAUUUUUCGAAAACCAACACCAAGCCAACUCUAAUACAGAUCAGCGACAAUUUUUAGAAGGUAUGUCUUACGAUUUACACAAUGGAGAUAAUACUAUCAAAACAGUUAUCCUGGGCCAGGAACAGAAUUUCGCAAACCCAGAAGCAAAUGGCAACGAAGCAAAGAAAAGCGCGUUAGAACAGGAUUUAGACUGGUUAAAAUUUGGUAUUUGA